CGAAUCCGCACCAUUGAUUUCUGUUUGUGUUUUCCUCCCACAUAACAAAGUCCACUCCACUCUCCUCAGCCUGUCACGACUCACGCCUCGUCAGAAACCCCCAAGUUCCACUGUCCCCCCACAAUGGCUUUUUCGGAGUUCAGGUCGCUGGACGAGAAGUCCCUGAUCGAGUACAUAAAGGCCGAGCCCGCCCUCUCCUCAAAGCUCGGCAGCAACCUCGACGACAUCAAGAUCAAGGAGGUCGGAGAUGGCAACCUCAAUUUCGUCUACAUCGUUGUCGCCCUGGGCGGCUCUUUCGUCAUCAAGCAGGCCCUCCCAUACAUACGAUGUAUAGGGGAAUCUUGGCCGAUGACAAAGGAACGGGCAUAUUUUGAGGCACUGGCACUGAGAGAGCAUGGUCGAUUUAGUCCUGAGCAUGUGCCUGAAGUUUAUCAUUUUGAUCGUACUAUGUCUUUGAUUGGCAUGCGGUACUUGGAGCCUCCACAUAUAAUUCUGAGAAAAGGGUUGAUUGCUGGGACCGAGUACCCCUUGUUGACAGAACACAUCUCGGAAUACAUGGCAAGGACUCUUUAUUUUACAUCCCUCCUUUACCGUUCCACCACGGAGCACAAACGUGCUGUUGCUGAAUUUUGUGGGAACGUAGAGUUAUGCAGGCUCACUGAGCAGGUUGUUUUUUCUGACCCUUACAAGGUUUCUCAAUACAACCGUUGCACUUCCCCUUAUCUUGAUCGUGAUGCUGAGGCUGUUCGGGAGGAUAAUGUUUUGAAGCUUGAAGUUGCUGAGUUGAAAUCUAAGUUCUGUGAAAGAUCUCAGGCUCUUAUACAUGGUGAUCUCCACACUGGUUCUGUCAUGGUUACUCAUGAGUCAACUCAAGUUAUAGAUCCAGAAUUUGCAUUUUAUGGGCCUAUGGGUUUUGACAUUGGAGCAUUUCUUGGAAACUUGAUUUUGGCAUUUUUUGCACAAGAUGGACAUGCUAAUCAAGUAAAUGACAGAAAAACGUAUAAGGAGUGGAUUUUGAGGACAAUUGAAGAGACAUGGAAUCUUUUCCACAAGAAAUUCAUUGCACUUUGGGAUGAGCACAAGGAUGGUUCUGGUGAGGCAUAUCUUCCCGCAAUAUAUAACAAUCCUGAGCUUCAGCGGCUUGUACAAAAGAAAUUUAUGGAAGAUUUGUUCCAUGACACCCUUGGAUUUGGUGCUGCCAAAAUGAUAAGGAGAAUUGUUGGAGUGGCACAUGUUGAGGAUUUUGAAUCAAUCACUGAUGCUAGCAAACGAGCAGAAUGUGAACGCCGGGCUCUUGAAAUGGCAAAGCUGCUUCUCAAGGAAAGGAGAAAAUUCCAGGCCAUUACUGAAGUUGUUUUAGCCAUUCGAAAACUCCAGUGAUAGUUUACUUGGAUAUUUUGGGUCUUCCAAUAAAGAGUUUCCUAAUAUUUUGGUGUUUCUCUUAUAUACUUUCUGUGUAUUUGGGUGCGCUCUUUUGUGUUUCAAUGAAUUUCGAUUACUUAUAAAGAUCGAAAACAUGUUUGUUUAGAAUGAACUCUUACUAUUUCUAUCCAAUGUACAAUGUUAACACGAAAUAAGAUUUGAUCUUCUUGGUGCUA